AUGACAGGUCUGCGACCAUAUCCUCUUCGAAAGGGCGCAGGCCAUUUACUUAAAGGUCGCCACAACGACAAUGAAGAGGGUGUGCAGCUGGGCUUGGAUCUUCUCCUGGGUCGAUCCGCCCUCCCCUUCAGCCAAGGAGCAGAAUCUCAUGACGCCGACUUGCACCCCUUGAUACUUGAUCACCCUUUCGACACUCCUGUAACGGGCGAUUUUCAUCCGACAAAUGCCCUAAAACUAUCAAAUGCUACAAUAAAAACCACAAACGACGGCUUUGAAAGUAACUUCUACAAGGAAUGUCCAUCCAACCGCGUGCUGAACGGUGGCUACCCCGUCGACCCGCCCUCCAGUUGUGGCGCCCCCUCUACCUCGCAUGGAGGAGGCAUGAUACGUCGCCCACAUCAGAAGAGGGGUCGAGAUAACAUUGGCGGUGAGAAAGAACCAGGAGAAGAGGACGAUGGAGGUGAUGGGGAAGGAAGAGGCCCCCCCAAGCGACGGCAUCUGGGCCCCGACAAGGUCCCCCAAUACUUCGGCUGUGUCUACUACAAGUGGGAUCCCUGGAGACACUGGCGUUGCUACUGCAAAUAUGCAUUCAAACGAGUGGCAGACGUCAAGGGUCACCUUAAGAGAGUUCACACCAUGAGCGAGUAUUAUUGCCCAACUUGCUUUGCAGAAUUUUCCGACAAGGAGAGCUGGCAGCGCCACACCCAGGAUAAUACCUGCCAGCCCACCCAGCCCCCAGAACACAUUCUCACUGUACAGAAGUUCGAGGAGAUCAACCAGGCCUUUUCUGAAGCAAGACGUUCGAGCGAUUGGGAUAAAUGGUUUCUUCUUUAUGACGGUGUUUUCCCAAACGGCACCUACCGGCCCGAUUCACCUUAUGUCUAUCUGACCCUCGAUGAGCCGCUGGGGAUCAUGCGCGAACUUGCAUUUAGACAAGAAGUAUUGAACGGCCGCAUCCUUACAGUUAUGCAGCAGCAUGGAGUGCCGCUACGGGGUAUCGACUUGGUCUCUCUACUAACUGGGCUGAUCAAUGUGGCGAUUCCUCCAUCGGCAGAGGCCAUGGGGACAAACACACCCUCCCAAACGCUGAUUCCACCCCCUCUCGCGCCCAGCUGGGGCGAAUUUGUUGAGCCUCAGAAUCCAUCUCAGCAGGACCUUCAGUCCCAACAGCCUCUAGAGGCCCAUGAGGAGGAUCAGCAGGAUGAUCAAGGCCCCCACGAGCAGCUGCAUGGGCAGCAACGGCCCUAUUAG